CCCUUCAGUAUUCACUAUCCACAGUACCUUUCCUUCCGCCAUUAACAGAACAGAACACCCCCACCCACCCCAAGCCCACCCCGCCGCUCCAAAAUCUCCAUCCAUUUCAUUCCCUUCCCUUCCCUUCCUCCCCAAUCUCUGCCCGUAAUCGGCGAUGGGCUUUCCGGUGUGCUACAGCGAGCUCCUCCUCCCGAAGCUCCUCCUCCACUUCCUCUCCCUCUUCACCCUCCUCCGCCGCCUCAUCUCCUCCCUCCUCCGCCUCGCCGGCCUCCCCGACUUCCUUGACUCCCCCUCCUCCUCCGACUCCGACUUCUCCCCCUCCUUUCCCGAUGGCCCCUACUUGUUCCCUCCCUCCUCCUCAGACGGGUCCGGGUCCGGGUCCCUCUCCCUCUCCCUCUCCCUCUCCCAGUCCCACUCCCUCCCCGCCGCCCUCCUUCGCGAGGUCCUCCCCAUCGUCGUCCUCUCCGAGCUGCCGUCCCCGCCCGAGAGCUGCGCCGUCUGCCUUUACGAGUUCGAGCCACAACACGAGGCCCGGCGCCUCCCCAACUGCUGCCACGUCUUCCACCGCUGCUGCCUCGACCGCUGGAUCGGCUACGGCCACCGCACCUGCCCCCUCUGCCGCACCAGCCUCGUACCCGACGACUUCGCCGAGACCGUCAAUCUCGGCCUCUGGGCCUUCUCGGGCAUAUCUGACUUCCCCGACGACUUCACCCAUUACGAACUUCAUCACUUCAACAACAACAACCACCCUCUCCUAAUCGACGACGACAGCUUAUAGACCCCCAUCAUCAAAUUCGAGGGCUAAAUUUUUUUUUUUCUCUCUCUUUCUGGGGAGAGGUUUGGUCGAUUUGUACAUAAUAAACAAACCGAUCGACCAACGAAAAAAACAAAUACAAAAAAAAAAGGAAAAGGAAAAUUGAAGAUCUAGAGAUCAAAUUAGACGAUUUUGUACAUUUCCUUCCUCAAUAAAUAAAUGUCUUUGCCCCAUA